AUGGCAUCUCGGCUCCAUUUGUUUCGCCUUGCAUCCACGACUGUAGUGAUACUUUUCCCUGGCGACGAGAAGAACAAUGAUAACUCCGAGUGCAAGGGUCACAAUGAGGGGUUAACACAGUGUACACUCUCUGUAGUGACUGCGAGUUCUUCUCGUCGAGGGGAAAUUGUUUCAAACUGCUGGGAGCAAUCCACUGGUUAUCAUGUGCUGAUACGCCUUGAUACAUGCAGCAAGGCCAUCUGGGAAUGGGGGAGAAAGAAGAAUUCAAAUUUUCAGCCUAGGAUCGAUUAUUGGGCAAAUAGGAUGGACUCUCUUAGAAGCAGAACUGAUACUCAGGGAUUGGCAGCGUAUGCGGAUGCCCAGAGGAAUUAUCUGGACCUCUUAAACCAACAAAAUACUUUCUGGAGGCAAAGAGCAAAGGUCCACUGGUUCAAGGGUGGAGACAUAAAUUCUAAAUUCUUCCACAUGUCAUGUCAGCGCCGUAGGAGGAAUAACCACAUUGCAAAGCUUAUGGAUGAUAGGGGAGUUUGGCACGAGGAGGGCCCAGAGCUCAACAACCUGAUGAUUGAUUACUUCAACCAUUUGUUUGCUUCCUCCCAAGGCGACAUGGAACCUAUCUUGAAUUGCAUUUCUGCCAGAAUAACCGAGGCAAACAACGUUGGUCUUCUAAGAAGGGCUAGUGCAGAGGAGGUCAAGAGGGCUGUUUUUGGAAUGCAUCCGGAUAAAUCUCCGGGACCUGACGGUUUCAACCCGGGUUUUUAUCAAGCCUAUUGGGACAUACUAGGCUCAGACAUUGUAAGGCUGUGUAAUGAGUUCUUAUCCACUGGUCACCUGCCAAGAGGCCUAAACUCAACUCAACUUGUCCUUAUUCCAAAGAAGGCCAAACCAGUGUCCAUGGGGGAUUUGAGACCUAUUUCUCUCUGCAAUGUAGUGUAUAAGAUCUUUGCGAAGGUCUUAGCCAACAGACUUAAGCCUCUCAUGAACAGCCUUAUCUCGGAAAACCAAAGCGCUUUCGUUCCCGGUCGCCUGAUUACGGAUAAUAUUAUGAUAGCUUUUGAAGCUCAGCAUUAUCUGAAGAACAAGAGGCAGGGGGCUGAAGGCUUUGCUGCUUUAAAACUAGAUAUGAGCAAAGCGUAUGACCGGGUAGAGUGGGGAAUGUUGCAUGCUAUGCUGCUGAGACUCGGAUUCUGUCAUAGAUGGGUGAUGAUGAUUAUGGAGUGUGUUAGUACAGUGGAGUAUGUCAUUCAACGGGACGGAGUUGAGCUAGGUCCUAUUAUCCCACAGAGGGGUCUUAGACAAGGAGAUCCGUUAUCUCCCUAUUUGUUCAUUCUAGUGGGAGAAGGCCUAAGUGCUCUCAUCAGGAAGCAGGAAUCGUUAGGAACUUUUCAGGGAUUAAGAAUUGCUCGUAAUGCUCCCAGAGUUUCCCACCUGCUUUUCGCGGACGACAGCUAUAUCUUCUUCAAAGCUACUCAGACUCAAUCCUCCACUUGCAAGCACAUCCUAGACAUGUAUUCUGCAUGCACUGGACAGCUGGUAAAUUUUGAUAAAUCCUCUCUAAAUUUUAGUAAAAAUGUAGGUGGGGCAGUGAGGGGGGUUGUUAGUUCUAUCCUUGGGGUGAGAAUGGAAGGAAAUGCUGGGAGUUACCUAGGCUUGCCAUCCUUAGUUGGCAGGAAUAAAAAUGAAAUACUAGGCUUUAUCAAGAGUAAGAUUGUUUCUAGGAUCAAUUCUUGGAACCAUAAGUUCCUUUCUAGGGCGGGAAGAGAGGUUCUUUUGAAGAGUGUGAUUCAGGCAAUCCCUUCCUUUGCUAUGAAUAUGUUUUUGCUUCCUCAGGGGUUGGUGAGCGAUAUAGAGAGGACUAUGAAUGGCUUUUGGUGGGGGAAGUGUGGUGAUCAGGGUAGAGGAUUGAGAUGGAAAGCCUGGGAUAAACUCUGUGUUCCUAAAAAAUGGGGAGGAAUGGGCUUCCGUAGGAUCAGGGAUUUCAACAUUGCCAUGCUUUCAAAACAAGCUUGGAGGCUAAUUAAUCAUCCGGAUUCUCUUGCUGCAAAAAUCAUGAAGGCUAAGUAUUACCCGGAUUCUCAUUUUGUUGAGGCCAGAAAGGGUGGUAAUCCAUCUUUUGUGUGGUCUAGCCUGCUGGAAACAAGGAGCAUUAUUCAAAGAAAUACUCGUUGGAGAAUUGGGAAUGGACUCUCUGUUCGUAUCUGGCAUGAUGAUUGGUUGCCCGAUGCCACAAAUCCUAUGGUCACCACUCCACCAUAUCCUUACCUCCAUCAUGCUACUGUUAAUUCUCUGUUUGAUUCCAGGGGUUUAGGUUGGGAUGAAGAAGUAGUCAAAGAUAUUUUCAAUCCAAGAGAUGCCCAGCUUAUACUUAGUAUCCCUAUCCCGCAGUGUAACAGAGAUGACAAGAUGAUUUGGAUCAAUGAUGAGAAGGGAUCAUUCACAGUCAGAAGCUGCUACAAAUCCAUCUCGCAGGAUUUCACUAACUUUCCCACUGAAAAAUGGUCUGAUGUGUGGAAGCUUCAUAUCCCUCCCAGAGCAAAGGCAUUCAUUUGGCAAGUAUGUUCAGGCUGCCUCCCGACUACUGACAAGUUGCGCCAGCGAAGAAUUGAUUGUGAUCUUAUGUGUCCUUUGUGCCAUGAAGACGAGGAAUCAGACUUCCACCUACUCGCAGAAUGCAGAUUCCCGUCCCAGUGCUGGAGCAUCUUCCAUCCAUUGCCGGACAAGAAUCAGUACCAAAACUGCUCGGAUUGGAUUGCUCAAGUCUGUUGCACUUUGGAGAAGUCACAAGUUUGUCUGUUCGUUAUCAUAUGCUGGAAUAUAUGGCGAGCCAGGAACGAUAAAGUUUGGAAGAACACCUCUACACCACCCAAGGCCGUUGUGGAGAACUCUAAGUUUUUUUGGAGAGACUGGAAAGCUUGCACUGAUGUAGCAUACCAUGACCGCGGGCAUAACAGUAGUUGCAUAAGAUGGAGCAGGCCAUCACCGGGGUGGUACAAAUUGAAUGUGGAUGCCGCCUUGAAUGUCAACUCAGGCAGAAUGGGCUUAGGAUGGGUCCUUCGUGAUCACCAUGGUUCCUUCUUAUCUGCAGUCAGUCAGCCGUGGACCGGAACUUACUCUCCUAGGGAAGCUGAAGCCUUAGCAAUCAGAGAAGCAUUAAGCUGGUCCAAACAGCACAGCAUUGAGUAUCUUCAUGUUGAGACGGAUUCCUUAUUGGUUGUUCAGGGUCUAUCAUCUCCUGGAUCCGUCACCUCGUUUGAUCUUCUCUUAGUUGAUGUAAAAGAUUCGUUGAGUGCUUUUGCUCAUUGUUGUAUCUCUUUUGCGAAACGUUAUGCGAACCGGACGGCCCAUCUCUUAGCGAGGGAGUCCGUUUCUUUGUCUGAACGUAAGGAGUGGACUUCUGUUCCUCCUUCUUUCAUUUGUAAUGCUCUUUCGUAUGAUUUAAUAUAA